CCAUCAUUCUCUCAAGUAGCCUGUAAACUUUAUUUUGUUUUUCCUUUCUUUUUAAUCUGUGUCCCCUCGUCCUCAAUUUCUCUGCUUUAUUCUCUGCUUUGCCUUCGUCGCCUCGCCAGUCUUUUCCUAGAUUCUCCACCCCUGACCCCUCUCUCUCUCUCUCUUCAAUCAGAUCUCAACUAACGCCUUCGGGGAAAUUGCUGUGAACCACCCAUGACGCUUGGCUCAGGAGGAUCUAGUGUCGUGGUGCCUCGGAACUUCAGAUUGCUGGAGGAACUUGAACGUGGUGAAAAAGGUAUUGGGGAUGGAACUGUAAGCUAUGGAAUGGAUGAUGGAGAUGACAUCUACAUGCGAUCCUGGACUGGCACAAUCAUUGGUCCUCACAAUACUGUACAUGAAGGUCGAAUUUAUCAGUUGAAGCUGUUCUGUGAUAAAGAUUAUCCUGAGAAGCCACCAAGUGUUCGAUUUCAUUCACGGAUCAACAUGACUUGCGUUAACCAUGAAACUGGAGUGGUGGAAUCAAAAAAGUUUGGACUUCUUGCAAAUUGGCAGCGGGAGUACACUAUGGAGGAUAUAUUGACACAGCUGAAGAAGGAGAUGGCUGCCCCGCAUAACCGGAAGCUAGUCCAACCUCCUGAGGGUACCUACUUCUAGCUUUCAAGGUCAUAUAGGUAUAUAUAUCAUAUUGCUUAUGCAAUAUAUAGUUUGUACUCUCGUGUUGAGCUGGUGAAGUUUGGAACAUACAGGGGAAUGCCCUAAAAAGACUCUCCAGUUAUCUCUCCAUGGCUUCAUUAUCAUUUUGCUGUCUACUCGUAUGAAAACUCUGUUCAGUGGAUGCUGUUUGAUUAAUGGGAUUUAUCUGUGUCAAAUAUUAAAAAUACCCGUGAGGUAGUAUUUUCA